ACGAAGGUCAAGAUAUUGAGGGAACCCUGAGUUUUCCAAAAAUUUUAAGUAACAAGAGAAACCGGUUAAUUCCAAUCCAGUUCUGUAAUUUGUCUGUCACUACCAAACCGGACCAUAUUGAUGGUUUAAAAACAAAGCUCGGUCUGGAUUAUAAUAUCAAAGAUUAAACAAAGAGUCCUUUCGAUCUCUGCAAAUUUGUUUUGACUCUGAAGAGGAGAAGAAGUGUACUUUCAAUCGCCAAGCGUAUGCAUAACUGGGUUAGAGCUUCCUCAUCCGAUUUCACCGGAACUCCUCCACAGCCCAGGAGUGGACAUACAGCUGUCAAUGUCGGAAAAUCCAUGGUCGUGGUGUUCGGCGGCCUCGUCGACAAGAAGUUCCUCAACGACAUCAUUGUUUAUGACAUUGAAAACAAACUCUGGUUUGAGCCAGAAUGUACUGGCAGCGUAUCUGAAGGAAAAGUUGGUCCUACACCUCGCGCCUUUCAUUUUGCCAUCACUAUUGAUUGUCAUAUGUUCAUCUUUGGUGGACGUUCUGGUGGCAAGAGGUUGGGUGACUUCUGGGUUCUAGAUACUGAUAUAUGGCAGUGGUCUGAGCUAACCAGCUUUGGCGACUUACCUACGCCUCGUGAUUUUUCUGCUGCCGCUGCUAUUGGCAACCAGAAAAUUGUGUUGUGUGGCGGCUGGGAUGGUAAAAAAUGGCUGUCAGAUGUGUAUGUUAUGGACACAAUGUCUCUUGAAUGGAUGGAGCUGUCAGUUUCGGGGUCGUUGCCGCCUCCUAGAUGUGGUCAUACAGCCACCAUGGUUGAGAAGCGUUUACUUGUUUUUGGUGGCCGAGGAGGUGGUGGCCCUAUCAUGGGUGAUCUGUGGGCUUUGAAGGGUCUAAUAGAUGAAGAGCGUGAAACACCUGGAUGGACACAACUCAAGCUUCCUGGCCAAGCACCAUCGUCUCGAUGUGGUCAUACGGUUACAUCCGGAGGACAUUACCUUCUGUUAUUUGGGGGACAUGGAACUGGUGGAUGGCUGAGUCGAUAUGAUGUCUAUUAUAAUGACACUAUAAUUUUAGAUAGAGUAACUGCACAGUGGAAGCGCUUACCAGUAAGCAAUGAUGAGCCUCCUCCUCGGUGUGAAGUUUCAGUUCUACGAAGGCUCUGGUCUUGGUGGUGUUGUCAGGCUGCGGUGGAGGGCUUAGCGUUUCUCUUCGGUGUCGAGGAGGUCUCUCUCCCUCUCUCUUCUGUCGUGUGAGCUCUGGAGGUUUCCGCUUCCUCGGAGAUGAGUCGUGGGUUGAGGUAUGCAGUAGGAGAUGGUGCCUCAGUCUAGUUCCGAUUUCCAAGGGUUCUGUGGGUUGCUUGGAAGGAGUCUUCUAUGGUUUUAUUCACGGCAUCUCAACGUCUCUCAUCACUGGAGAUCUUCCCUGCUUGGUUCUCGUUCUGAUUCUUCUGGUGAAUGGCGACGGUCCUCUUCAUCAAAUGCUUGUCCUUGUUCUUCAUGUUUCUUGCUUUCUGUUUGACACCGGAAUGUGACACAGGGAGUCACAGGAAAUUGCUCUCGGUUCUCGAUAGCAGCAAGCGUCGAUUUGUUUUGAGCGUGUGCUCUUUGCCUAUUGGUGUCAAUGCUUGGCCAAUUAGCAAGCGUCGAUUUGGUUUGUUCUUCUGUGGCAGUGUGAGCUGGCUAUAUUUCUGUGCAGGUUCGGAUACUGUAUCAGACGAAAUGUGGUGGCGUUUGCAAGCCCGCCUUUUGGAUCCUAAUUGGUGAUGGAGGGGAGUGUACAGUCCGAGUUCUUGGCGUCGUCACUCAGGUGAAAUGUCCGAAACUCCCUCUGUUUCCAUCGUCAAACGCUUCAUAGACAGUGACAGUUAUAAGCUGGAGUUCAUCGGGAACCAGCUACUCCGUGGACAAAAUGGAAAGUCCCAGCGCAUCCGAAGCAAUAAGGACCGAGACAAUAAGGAAAACCUCACCUUCUCGUGAUCUUCGUCGAUGGUUGAUGUUUGAGAAUGGUAACCAUUCCAAAGAAUUCCAAAAAACGAAUCAACGGAAUGUAUCAUGUUUAGUGGACGGAAAAAGCUAAUUUUGUAAUAGUUUGAGUUUGAAAAUUUUGUACAAAACAGACUUGUAACCAGAUCUGAAUUUCCGAUCCUCAGGUCAAAUUAAUAUAUAUUUUAAAAAAGUC